UAUUCGUACGUCUCUGGCUCUCCGGUCCCGCGCUUGGUGCUGUAUCUCCUUAUACCCGUCCAGACCCUGUGAGGGCUGGCCCAGUAGCCGGUCCUCCUCCUCGCCCUGGGGGGUGACAGUCCACCAGUGUUUCCACCCCGGACGCCCUCACAGAGGGUGCGGUGGGACACUGGCUCUUUCCCGUCACCCUCCGGGUUUCCGCAAGGGAAAGGGUGGGUGGGUUGGUCCAGACAGUGCCCAUGACCUGCCGGGUGCCAUGGGGUCGUGUGAAGGGAAUUCAGGGCAAGCUCCUCUCACACUCGCACGAACGCACACUUGCACACACUUGUGCACAGACGCACGCUCGUGCACAGACACGCAGACACAUUCCUUGAUUCUCCUGUUCCAGGCAGGAGUCCGGGGGCCCCAGGAGCUCGUCCCAAGAGAGAGAGGUGGCACAUCAGGUCCAAACGGGGCCCCCAAGCAGCCCCCAGACAUGUCUCUGUUAGGAGUCCCCCCCACAGCUGCGAGGGCUUCUGGCCAGUCGGCCCCUCCCCCCCUGCCCGCAGCACACACCGGCACCAGGGGCUCCGGGUGCCCUGGUCUCGGCCCCGGCCGGCUCUUCCACCGAGACGCGGCGCUGGGAGCCCUCGUGGCCGACGACAUCCGCAGAGCCCGGGAGGCCAGGCGGAAGAUGGGCCCGGAGGAGCCAGCUCGGGCACCUAGGCAGAAGCUCAGCGAGAGAGCCCGGGAGCGGACGGUGCCUGCGUCGCGCGUGGGUCGGCUCGCCAGCUUCGGAGGUCUGGCGGUGGGGCUGGGCAUCGGGGCCCUGGCAGAGGUGGCCAAGAACUCGUUCAAUGGGAAGACGAAGCCAAGGGAUGGCAGCGGCUCCAUCCUGGGCUCCAGCCCCUUCCUGUCGGAGGCCAACGCGGCGCGGAUCGUGGACACGCUGUGCAAGGUGCGGGGCGCCGCCCUCAAGAUCGGGCAGAUGCUGAGUAUCCAAGAUAACAGCUUCCUCAACCCGCAGCUGCAGCGGAUCUUCGCGCGGGUGCGGCAGAGCGCGGACUUCAUGCCAGCCUGGCAGACCAGGAGAGUGCUGGCAGAGGAACUGGGGCAGGACUGGCGGGAGAAGGUGGCCUCCUUCGAGGAGAUGCCCUUCGCAGCGGCAUCCAUUGGCCAGGUGCACCUCGGGGUGCUCCGCGACGGGACGGAGGUGGCCAUGAAGAUCCAGUAUCCGGGCAUAGCCCAGAGUAUCCGGAGUGACGUGGAGAACCUGCUGGCGCUGCUGAGGGUCAGCGCGGUGCUCCCGGCGGGCCUCUUCGCAGACAACACGCUGCAGGUGCUGCAGAGAGAGCUGGAGUGGGAGUGUGACUACCGGCGCGAGGCCGACUGCGCCCGGAGCUUCAGGUACCAACCGGGCCGGGCCCCCCGUGUGCUGGGCCUCCGGGGAGGGGCUGUGGGCUGGCAGCAGGGUCCUGGCCCCCCAGCCCCCAUUCAGUGCAGCAUGCACUGCGCUCCUGGCAUUUCCCGGAGCAGGCCUGAGCCGCAGCCCAAUGCAGGCUGUGAGCCACUCUGUCGUUUGUUCCAGGUGACCUUGCUGGAUUUCGGAGCAAGCCGGCCCUUCAGCAGAGAGUUCACCCAUCACUACAUCGAGGUAUGGGCGCGUUCGCCCGCCCGCCCACCACGCAGGAGCCUGCCUGUCUGUAUCGGAGACGACCCAGCUGCUGCCUCGGAGCCCGCAGGGUUAGAGGCAGCGGGGGCCGGGGACUGGAGCUCUUUGGGGCAGGGCCGUCUCUUACUCUCUCUGCGGUGCCUGGUGCUAAGGGGCCCCGAUCUCGGAUGGGGUCUGGGCGGCGCCCAGCGCAACGGGGCCCCGAUCUCGGAUGGGGAGUUCGAGGAGGCACACGUGGACACGGUGAUGAUCCUGGGGGAGGCUUUCUCCGCCCCGGGGCUCUUUGACUUCGGCGCCCAGAGCACCACGCGGCGCGUGCAGGCCCUGAUCCCCGUCAUGCUGCGCCACCGGCUGACGCCGCCCCCCGAGGAGAGCUACGCCCUGCACCGCAAGUUGGCCGGCUGCUUCCUGCUCUGCGCCCGGCUGCGCGCCCGCAUCCCCUGCCACGGCCUCUUCCAGGAGCUCUACGGGCAGUACUGGGCCCGGGAGCGGGGAGCCUAGCACCGGGCCAGGCCCUGGCACCCCAAACAGGACCUCCCUGCACCCCGACCUGGGGGAUCUGAAGCGCCGAAGCGACCGCAGCCCUCGCUGCCGUGGGCUGGGAACUCGGCCGAGCUCCGGGGGCCGUCUGUGCCCGCGGCCCUGCCAGGCCGUGUCCGCCAGCGUCGCUGUCCUGUCGCCGGGCCAUGUGCAUUAAAUCCUACACCUGGG